CAUUGUGGGUAGGGCAGCGCCUGUGGCUGUGAGGACGGUUGCCCUCAUGUCGCAGGAAGGAGUGGAGGCUGCUGCUGCUGUGCAGUGCCCUGUCCGGGCCGCCCUCGAUCAUUUGUGUCAGGAACUCAAUCUGGACGUUGACAGCGCUUCGGAAGCCCUUCGGGAUUUCACAGCCUUACGGGGCACCUACAGCCUUGAGGGAGACAUUAUACAUUGGUUGGCUUGUUCUCUCUAUGUUGCUUGCCGCAGAAGUGUAGUGCCUACUGUAGGAAGUAGUUUGAUGAAAGGAAAUUGUGUCUCACUGACCAGGAUUCUGCGUUCAGCAAAGUUAAGCUUAAUUCAGUUUUUUAGUAAAAUGAAAAAAUGGAUGGACAUGUCAAACCUGUGUCAAGAAUUUCGAGAGAGAGUAGAGAAGUUGGAGAGGAACUUUGAAGUGUCCACAGUAAUAUUUAAAAAAUAUACCCCAAUCUUUUUAGAUAUAUUUAAAAAUCCUUAUGAAGAACAACCUAAAUUUCAAAGAAGCAGGAAACAUAGGCGGGUAUCCUGUAGUGCUAAAGAUCUAUUCAACUUCUGCUGGACUCUAUUUGUCUACACAAAGGGUAAUUUCAGUAUGAUUGGAGAUGAUCUAGUGAACUCAUAUCAUUUACUUUUAUGCUGCUUGGAUAUGAUUUUUGCAAAUGCACUUUUGUGUCCAUAUAAAAAAGAUUUAAUAAAUCCAUCUUUCAAAGGUUUGCCAGAAGACUUUCAUACAACUGACUACAGAACUUCUGAAAGGCCACCAUGCAUUAUUUCUACACUGUGUGAAUUACAUGAUGGACUUUUGGUAGAUGCCAAAGGCAUAAAAGAACAUUACUUUAAGCCAUAUAUUUCAAAGCUCUAUGAUAGGAAGAUUUUAAAAGGAGAUUGUCUUUUGGAUCCAAGCAACUUUGUAAAUAACAACAAAGCCCUGAAUAAAGAAUAUGAAGAAUAUGUUCUCACAAAAGGUGAUUUUGAUGAAAGGGUUUUCUUGGGAGCAGAUGCAGAAGAAGAAAUUGGAACACCUCAAAAAUGUUGUGCGGCUACACCAUGCGGGAAUAUAAGAGUUCAUGUUGAAUGUCAUCUUCAACCACAUUUUGAGAAAAGAUCCUUUGCACCAUCAACCCCUUUAACUGGCAGGAGUUACUUGAAAGAGAAGGAAUCAGUAAUUACACCAGUUGCUUCUGCAACACAGAGUGUGAGCCGGUUACAAAGUAUUGUAGCAGGGUUGAAAAAUGCACCAAGUGAACAGCUUGUAGCUAUUUUUGAAUCAUGUAUACGGAAUCCUAUGGAGAAUAUUCUGAAAGGAGUGAAAAAGAUAGGUGACAUUUUCCGUCAGAAUUAUACUCUGUCCGUCAAUGAUCAACUGGUAUGCCAUUUAGAUUUUGCACUUCACCGAUUAAAAUUGGCAGAAAUUCUGUAUUAUAAAAGUUUGGAAACUAUAAUGUUACAAGAAAAGCGAAGGCUGCCUGGCAAAGACAUGUCUACCAUUUUAGAACAAGAUAUUUUCCAUUGCUCUUUGCUUGCAUGUUGUUUUGAAAUAGUGCUGUUUGCAUAUCGUUCACCAAGAACUUUUCCCUGGAUCAUUGAUAUUCUUAAUGUCAAGCCAUUCUAUUUCUACAAGGUGAUUGAAGUAUUGAUACGUUCAGAAGAAGGACUCUCAAGAGAUAUGGUAAAACAUCUUAAUAGCAUUGAGGAACAGAUUCUUGAAAAUCUAGCCUGGAGAGACGACUCUGUACUUUGGGAUGCCCUUCAAGCCUCAGAAGAUGAGGUUCCUCGCUGUGAAGAAGUAAUAUUUCCAAGUAAUUUUGAAACAGGAAAUGGAGCGAAAGGAUUAGGAUAUCUUCCCAUGAUGCCAGCUUCGCCUAUCAUGCAUCCCAGAGUAAAAGAGGUUCGGACAAAUCAUGAGGGCAGUCAUAAGCGAGAUUUGCAGCUAUUGUCUCCAAUCUCCAUUCAUGACCGUUACAAUUCUCCUAUGGCAGGGAGUGCUAAAAGAAGGCUUUUUGGAGAUGAAAGCCCUCCCACAAAAUCUGUAGAAAAAAAAUAUGCUGAAGCAAUGAAGCUGACAACAGACAAGCAUAUGUCUGUUUCACCUGAUGAAAUUGGUCUAAGUAUGGCACAAACUGCAGGAACAAGACAAAAAGUAACAAUCCCAUUACACGAUGAUACAAAUGAGACAGGAAGGAUCACAUUGAUACCUAUUGCAGUCAACCUAUCUGAAGACUCUAAAGUGGACAGCUAUGGGCAAGUCCCACUCAGUGCUGAUGCUUUAAUGACUGUUUGUUCAAGUCAGCCUCCUCCAAGUGAACCCUUUCAUUCAGCAGGAAACAAGCCAAAGAAAACUGGAUCUCUAGCACUUUUUUUCAGAAAGGUAUACAAUUUGGCAAGUGUUCGAUUACGUGAUCUAUGCUCAAAACUGGAUGUUUCCAAUGAUUUACGAGGGAAGAUAUGGACUUGUUUUGAAUUCACUUUAGUCCAUUGUACAGAUCUAAUGAAAGAUAGACACUUGGAUCAGCUUCUUCUCUGUGCUUUUUAUAUCAUGGCAAAGUUACAACGGCUUCUUGCUCAGGUGUCUAAAGAAGAAAGAACUUUUCAGGACAUAAUGAAAAGUUAUAGAAAUCAACCUCAAGCUAACAGCUAUGUAUAUAGAAGUGUCUUACUGAAAAAAGUACAAGCUGAUGUAAUAGAUGUAAAACAUGAAAGCAUAUCAAAUGAAGGUAACGGUGGUGUCUGCGGAAAGAUGAACAAUUAUAGAGAUUUGAAAAAAGAAGAGAGAGGCGAUCUUAUAAUGUUUUACAACACUAUUUAUGUAAAAAAAGUGAUAAAUUUUGUAUUGAAAUAUGUUUCCAACCAUGAUUAUAUGAUGGAAGCACCUCCUCUUUCCCCCUUCCCCAGCAUUAAACAGCUACCAGUAUCUCCUCGGCGAAUUUCUCAGCAACAUUCUCUUUAUGUUUCACCACACAAGAAUGGUUCUUGCCUAACACCUAAGAGCGCACUAUUAUAUAAAUUUAAUGGGAGCCCCUCUAAGAGUUUGAAGGAAAUUAACAAUAUGAUUAAACAAGAAGGACAGAGACCAAAGAAGAGAGCAAUAUCAAUUGAUAGUGACACAGAAUCACCGGCUAAGAGACUUUGUCAGGAGAAUGAUGAUGUUUUACUUAAACGUCUUCAAGAUGUUGUCAGUGAAAGAGCAAACCAUUAAAUCAGCAAAGAUGCUGUAAGCACCAAAGCUUCCUUGUGACUCAAUUCUCUAUCUUCGUAAAGUUUUUAUGUUUUCUAGGUAGACAGUUAUCAAUCAAUUUAUUAGCAUUUUAAGAUGCUCCAUUAUCGAAACAAAAUUUAUGGCAGUUAUGAAUUUUGAUUUUUAUAUUCUGAAUUUAUGUCAUUAUUUUGAAGGUUUUGAUCAGAGCUAUAUUAACUAAUACAUUUUAAGGAAUAAUUAUGUGAAAGUAGGAGCUUGUGAGAAAAUCUUGAUUUAAGUUGGCUUUUUCAACAUUUACAAUAUCUGUUAUUUACUGGUAUAGUAAUUUGGGUUUAUGGUUCACUUAAAAACAUUUUUGGUAUUAUUGUUUAAAAAAGUAUUACGAUCUAUGCAUUAUUUUAAUAUAAAAUAAAGUAAGAUACAGUUAAUCAUUAAUACAAUAAGAUAAGGUGUUGUAGUUUAGAAUGGAGAUAUUUCCCGUUUGAAAGGUUGGAUAAAUGCUUUGAAUAAACUAUUCUGUAAAGCAGGGUCCCCACCCCUGGGCCAUGGCCUGUUUGGAGCUGGGCCGUGCAAGCAGUGGGGGAGCGUGUGAGCAAGUGCAGCUCCAUUUGCAUGAGCGACAGGUGCACGUGCCCACCGCUUAUGCAAAUAGAGCUGCACACACACACACUGCUUGCAUGAAAGCAUCCCUUCUCCCCUCCUGUCACUGCUGGUGGUCUGCAGAGCCAGAAAGGUUGGGGACUGCUGCUGUAAAGCACUGAACUCUUAGCUCCUAAUAGAAUGGCAAUUUUUGUACAGGAUAAGCUGAAGUAGGAUUUGAGGUAAUUGGUUUUAAUUUUGCUACUAGGACAAUUGUGUGAAAAUAUACUUUCAUUAUAGUCUGUAUUGGUUUACUUUGUUCUAAAUUAAUUUCCUAAAGUGAUACUGAGCCCUGGUUGAAUACAUGGAUGCACUCCUUGUUUAUAUAGAGUUUAAGAGAUGCAUAGGCAUCUAUAGUGCAGAAGCAGUUCUCUUGGUAUGAGUAUGAUAUGAGUAACAUGCAUUUAUAAUUAAUAUGGUUUCUCACAGGGAGAACCUGACUACAUGAUACAUUAUAGCUUUUUAUCUAAGAUGCAGUUGUGUCUGACUAUGGCAUCUCAAGUGUUUCCUUUCCCGCUUCAAGGGAAGGCGGAAGCAUUGUCUAAAUAGGUAUCUUCCUUUGCUCUUAAAAUGGAAAAUAUUUCUGCUGUAUAAAACAUAAAAAAGUACUACGUUGCUGUCUUUAUCUUACCAUUGGCUAGGUUUGAAAAUAAUUUUCCAGCAUUUUUUUUUUAAUUUACAUUUAUAUCCCGCCCUUCUCCGAAGACUCAGGGCGGCUUACAUUGUGUAAGGCAAUAGUCUCAUUCUAUUUGUAUAUUUAUAUAAAAAGUCAACUUAUUGCCCCCCCAACAAUCUGGGUCCUCAUUUUACCUACCUUAUAAAGGAUGGAAGGCUGAGUCAACCUUGGGCCUGGUGGGACUAGAACCUGCAGUAAUUGCAAGCAGCUGUGUUUAAUAACAGGCCUCCUACAGCCUGAGCCACACCGCACUCAACACUGUUGAGAGGCAGGGAAAAAACCUAUAAACUUAAGCUUUCUUUUUCUCCUUUCAUCCCCCAAACCCUAGAAAACACUGAAAAUGAUUUCCUAGGAAAAUACUGUUUCUAUGCAUUAUCAACUUUUGCUAAAUCAAGGAAAAUUAUGGCUCAAUAUUAUAAAGUAUACCAGUCUUCUUUAAUGAACUACUUGGUAGCUCUAACCACCUGCUAAGCAGUUGUAAAUUGUGACAUUCUAUUAAAAUAAUUUUUUCAACCUGAAAAGCUUAUUUUCCUUUGUGUAGUAUCUACACAAAAUAUAAGCCUUAUCAAAUUAAGUGUAUGCAUAAAAUCAGUAUGAAAUAUUAUAAGGUUUUAACUGUAGUAUUCUAUUUGGCUACUUUUAAAAAAAAUACUGAAUUUUUUUUAUGAAGAGGAAAAUUCAUUAGAAAUAUUUUAUGAAAAUGUAGAAAGAUAGAAGUUCCAUCAUAAAGGAUCAUUCUAACUAUUUAAGAACCAUAAAAUAUUUUAUAUUUCUGAUUCAUAUAUAGAAAAGUUUAGAUUGUUAAGAUUGCUUUUGUAACAGUUUAAUCAGUUCUAAAAAGGAUUUUUAUAUUUAGUUAGUGUUCCAUAGUAUAAUGCAUUGAGAGCUAUCAUUUAAUAAACCACCAUAAAGCCAAAUAAUAUGCUGAAAAAUGUUUUACAAUAGACUUAAAUAUAUUUAUAAAAGGUGAUUUUUUUCUUUGGCUUGUUAUCACAGAGUGUGGCAUAAAAUUAUACUCAGAGUAUAGUUUCAAUUAUAUGCAAUUGGUUUUUACCUUUUACUUUUCUCUCAAUAAUAUAAAUUCAUUCAAGGCAGGGAAGGGGACUACCUUGGGAUCUUCAAAGAAAAAAGUGCCCUCCCAGGCCUUCAGCCUUAAAAAAACAAAAAGAAAAAAGAAAACUGAACAAUGAUUGCUGCCGAGAUUUGAUGCAUGUAAUAGAGGUAGCUAGGGAUAUAGAUCAGCAGAAAGAAGCAGUCUGUGAGCAGACAUAGCAGCUGUCUCCACUAACUCUUGAGUGGCAGCACAGAGAUAACAGAAAUCCCUAAUUUAUGAGUGCCAUUUAGUUGGCUGUCUGAUUUUUAUAGUCCUGUUCUGGUAGUACAGCUAUACUCCUAAAGAGUAGUCCAGUCUACCGUUGAUACAGAACCCUAGACAUCAGAAUAGGUCUACCCAAGGGAUGAAAUCUAUUCACUUUCCCUGCUGGUUCGGAAAUGCACGUGUGUGUCAUGUGCGAUUUUGGACCCUCUGCGCAUGCACCGAGGGUCAAAAACAGGUUACUUCCUGGUUAAAACCAGAAAGUAACGCUGGCCGGGUGGGCGGAACUUUGCGCCACCACCACCACUUUGCCGAACCACACGCCGCUGCUGCUACUGGUUCACCCAAACUGGUGUGAACUGGUAGCAUUUUACCCCUGGUCUACCCACUUCAAAUGUAGCAAAGUUGAUGACUAAUGUUUGGAUGGAGGCCCCAACCUCCCAAAGGUUUGCCUUACUACCCAUGGAAUUCUAGUUAUAUCCUUGCUUUCUUUCUUUAUCUCUCCAAUAGACAUAUUCUCAGGUCUGACAUUAAAAGUUUGGUGCUGAAAUUUGGCUUCAUUAUGCAUUGAUAAUUUAUAUUAAUUGAGUUUUAUAUUAAUUGUAACUUUUGUAUUAAUUACAAGUUGACUAUGAUAUAUGACUGAUGUUCCAAAUUAAAAAGUGGUUUUAUUUUCUAGAAUUUAACUCUUUGGAUCUACCUUGUAAAUAGAACUUUUUAAUUAAAAAAAGCUUUAUUCUAA